UCGAAAACCAAGCCCCAUCAUCAAGCCAAAAAAGCUGCAAUUCGAUCCAUCUCCGCCGGAAACGCAGCCGAUAUCUCCACCCUUCCCAAUACGCACGACCCAAUAAUACAACAAGAAACAAACGUACAGCCUACAAAUUUAUAAGGCAUGAACCUUCAUCCAAGACAUGGUAACGGCACCACCCAAGCUUGCGCUGCUUGUAGGUACCAACGCAGGAAGUGCGCUCCCGACUGUAUUCUCGCCCCUUAUUUUCCUCACGAUCGCCAAAAACAAUUCCUCAACGCACAUAAAUUGUUUGGAGUGAGCAAUAUCACAAAGAUCAUCAAGAAUCUUGACCAACCCGACAAGGACGAGGCUAUGCGCACCAUCAUUUUCCAGUCCAACGUCCGUGCCAAUGAUCCUGUCGGUGGAUGUUACAGAUUGAUACGGGAUUUGCAGCGUUUGAUCGAUUACAACAAGGCCGAGCUCGAUAUUGUUCUACACCAACUUGCCAUAUGCCGAGCUCAGGCUCAUGAUCAACAGCCUGAUCACUCCCAAAUUCCAAACGUAUUAGAUGCUGCAUUCAACUCCGAGAAUGAUCAUAUUAAUAUUAGUGCAGAUCCGACUCUGGGUUCAUGCAACGCAUCAGAGCAAUAUCAUAAUCUUGGACAGCAUCAAGAACCAUACUUUGUUAUUAAUAAUGAUAGUUUGCAAGAAGAUGUUAAUGCAUGGGCCGUGCAAGAUUCUUUGUCGUUGUCAUCUUUGCACAUUAAGCAUGGCGCUGCCGAUGAAUGCGAUGAUACCAAGCUGAUUUUUGAGAGAUCUUGUGAAAGAAACGAGAUGAAGUUCGAGGCUGAAGAUCAAAGAGUCGAAAGGAGUUACGAGGCCAUUUUAAGGAUAGGCAAUGAAGAAGAUGGCUCUUGCAUCCAGCAAGAUCAUGAUCAUCACGAUGACAUUCAUGAUGAUGAUCAGGACCAUGAUCUAAAAGGUGCAGCUACUUUAUUUACCCUCACAAAUUGUAAUAGUUGAGAAAUUAGUAAGUCGUACGUACAUGUAUUAAAGAAUACGCGUAUAUAUACACAUAGCAUGCAGGAUAUUAUAUAUAAAUAUACUAGUAGAGAAGCAACGUGCAAUA